GAAGACGAGAAUGUUAUGUAGCGUCAGACACCAAUUCUCAUUCGGAGUCUGGGAUGUUUUGUGAUUCAUAAUGCAUGAAGGAUUUAUAUCCUGAUAAGAAGAGGGACACACUUAGAGACUGGCUGGAAACCGGAUGAAAUGCCCUCACGACCAUGGUUUAAAAACAUCUUCUUGACGUUAGAUUUAGCUAUGUUAGCCAUCAGAUCGUCAGAGGAGGAGUCCACUGAGAUGGAGGAGAUGGACACCUCCGAGCCCAACUGGUGCUGGUUCUACUUGGCUGAGUGUGGAGUGUGGCAUAUGUUUGAGAUCGAUCCCAGUGCAGCCUGCUCUGUCACUAGUGCUCAGAUUGAGCAAUGCUACAACAGAAACCAACGAGGUGUGAUGGAAUUCUACACAGCUAAGUACACCUACAGACUGGACUUCUCAGUGAUGCGACAGAUAAAUGUAACGACAGGGAAGCAGCGGCCAAUCAAACGCUCCCUCCACUCUGCAACUGGCUUCAGGUUUAUUUGUGAUAAUCUCGCCUUGCCUGUUCCGUGUCAUUGGGAGAGAAUCAAUACAGAUGAGCCUUAUCAGCUCCUCCAGCUCGGAAGAGACACCUAUGAAUUUAAAGAAGUCGCCAGACUCUAUGAAAGGACUAUGGAUCAUCCAAUCAAAUCCAUCCAGAGGAUUCAGAACCUGGACUUGUGGGAAUUCUUCUGCAGGAAGAAAACACAGUUGCGAAAAGUCAAGCGCACAUUGGAUAUUGAGGAGCGAAUGCUGUUUCACGGCACAGGGCACAGCAACAUACAAGCUAUAUGUACAUUUAACUUUGACUGGCGGCUGACAGGAAGCCAUGGCGAUGUCUAUGGCAAAGGGAGCUACUUUGCCCGGGAUGCCAAAUACUCCAGUAAGUUCUGUCACACCACAGGGAAGCACAACACCACCCUGCAGAGGCACGGACUCGCUCCGCCAAUAUUUGCUACCGAGCCGCCCCACAAGACCAUGUUCCUGGCCAGAGUGCUUGUUGGAGAACACACGGUCGGUCAUCCCAUGUACUGCAGACCGCCCUCCAAGGACGCCAGCUUCACCAACUUUUACGACAGUUGUGUGGACGAUAUGGCCAAUCCAAAGAUUUUUGUCAUUUUUGACAGCAAUCAGAUUUACCCCGAGUAUCUGAUUGAGUUCUACUAAAGCCUGACGAGAAGUAACACGGAAAUAUUAAGGAUACCGACUCCGAUGACGGGAUGAAAAUUGGGAAGCGGCUUUCUUUCAGUCAGAUCCAGUGCCUAACUGGAGCAUAAAGUGCCUUUGGGUAAAUUGGAAAGACAAUAAAGACUCUGUGUAAAGUUUGUAUACUGUACAGUAUAUUCUAAGACGGGCCCGUGCCGUCGGAAUGUUUCUGCGACGUAAAAAGGAUGAAAAUGUCUUUGUGGCAAUUUUGUAUCAAAUGCAGAAAUCUGUGCUUUGCUUGUCCAAUAUCCGUGCACAGUUGUUUAAAAUAGGAGUGGCACCUGCAGCCUGUAGGUCGUAGGUGAUGUCCUGCCGUCGGCCACAGCCCCUCCUCCACAUCCACAGUGCCACGCAUGAGCUUAUUUACAAGUCAUGUAGACAUAAUUCCAAAUGACAAAACCAAAAACCACAACACGUUCCUGCUCACUCAUUCAGCACCGUGACCUGUCGACAUCUGUACGCACCUAGUACGACGUAUUAUGUAGGCAUGGAUUCUUUUCUUGUUUGUUUCUAUUCAAAAGAAAACGCUUCUACCUCUGCAUUUUUUUUAACCAUGCAUCAGUGCACUUUCCCCCCUUUCCAUGAAAGGGUUUUUGUAAUUGUGUCACAAUGACAUGAAGUUGUGAUGUCGUGUUCACUUGUGGUCCUUGAGCAAUAUGUUUCUGUGUAUCUUUUCUCAACAUUGACUUGGAUCUCUUAAAAGACUUGGCGGCGGCCCGAGGUUGGAUUUUGUAUGCGUUUGCGACCAAGUUCAUUCCGAACCGAACCAAGAUGGAGAGCAUCACUUUGGACUUCAAACCAUCCGAGUGUGAUGUCACCACCUGCUGACACGUUUCUUUAAGGAAUAAGCAGGUUAUCUUUGCACCUGGUGUAAAUGUAUCUUUAAAAAAAUAAAUGAAUGUAGCCAGCACAUGUAUAGUACUGUAAUGAAAAAUGAACCACACCAUGUAAUAUUGCUUUGCUGUCUGCGUUUGUUGGAUCCAUUGAAUGAUUGAGUGUGUUUAAGGAAGGUGAAUAAGAGGAUACUAUUUGCCACAAGGUGGCGUAACGGUACAAGAAUGGAUCUCAAGCAACUAUUUGCAUUUCCUCAUAGUAAGUGAGCAAACCACCGAAGUCUUCAGUCACAACACUACAGCCGUGAGUGAGUGUAAGGGGUGUAUGAAGCUUUAUGUGUGUCUAUCAUUUGCAAAUGCUCCAACUAAUAAACCUUUCAACAUAUGCAUAUUAAAGGAUUUCUUUAUGAUGACAAAUUAUCUCAUCCUGUUCAAAGUGAGGAAAGCCAAGCCUACGUCAGAGGUGUGGCUUUGAAAUACAUGUAAUUCAUUACUACCUGAGCAAACCAGAGAGAGGAAGGACAUAUUUUGUUUAGCCUUUGUUGGGAUAUCUAUUUAAUUUCUGUCAGGACAAUGUGGGGCAAUAAAGAAGCGGAAGACAUGGACACAUCAGAGACACCAUGGUGUUGGUAUUAUCUGGCUGACUGUGGAAAGUGGCACAGAGUUGAGGAGGACACUGAUAACUCCCUUAGGAGUGAGGAUAUUGAAAAAUAUUACAGAAGAAACUCACAAGCGGUGUUAAAUACAUCUUCAUUCAAUUGUCAAAGCAAGAUGGAUUUCUCAGGUGUCUGACUAUAUUUUCAAGUUCAAACUUAAGUCCUCAUUUACCUCUAAACAACCUCAUU